GAUCAAGUCAAGGUAACCUGAACUUGACAUGGAGGCUUAUGUAUCUCCCAGAUUCACGGGAGGGCUGAGUGCCAAUCGCUAGAAAUAUGCUGGAAAACUCUAUCAGUCUCGAUUAUUACACAUAUAGAACGGACUGAAUCCUUCGUGAUGACCUAUUGUGCAAAAUUGCUUUCAGUCAUCUUCAUCUUGUGAAUCCUUCUUUCUAAUCUUUAGAUCGGCCGUAAUCACCCACCUGUGGCCACAGGUUCUUCCUAAUAUCUCACCCUCUGAACUAUUGAUGAAUAUACAACUCUAAGCACUUAGAUAUGGCGAGUUCCUUACGACUUUCGAGGCGACGACAAUGUUCUAGCUCAUUACUUCUUUUCUGGGACGGACAAUUGACUGGAUCUAUGUCUGCGAUACUGGUUAUUUUGCUUUGUUUGGUGCAGCCGUCGUGGCAACAGAAAGAUCCUUUGAACGAUUUUUGUAGGAGAUGGGGACAUCAAACGACUGUCAUUGAUCGACAAUUACUUAUCGAUGGUGGCAUGCUUGAUUGGAAUCCAUUGUCUCAGAAUCCAGCUAAUUACUCCAACUCUUGGCUUUUAUACAAUGAUCUCGACACAAGUCCAGCGGGGCCAGGAAUGCCUCAGUUACACGCAAAUCUUUCAAAGAAUGCUUCGAUACCGAAUGUGAGUGGGGGUGUACUUUGGGGGGAUGAAGUCAACAAGAGAUUCUAUCUUUUCGGCGGCGACAACUUCGGCAGUUCACCAAGUUCACCCAAUCUUUAUUCAUACGAUCUACUGUAUAACCAAUGGGAAAAUUUUGGUUCGCCUAACAAUGGUGUUACGAGCGUUUCGUAUGGCAUGGGGGUUGGUAUUUCCGAUUUAGGGCAGGGUUAUAUGCUUGGUGGAUGGCAAAGCAAUGCAUCAAUUCCGGGAUGGACUGGACCACCUCUUGCAACAAGCGGCUUGAUCAAGUAUGACUAUCAGUAUGGAACAUGGACAAACAAUACUGGGCCAGAUCAGAUUGGAAGAGCAGAGGGCGCCAUGGUGUAUCUGCCGGCGAGCCGCACCGGGGUUCUGGUCUAUUUUGGAGGUAUACAAACGCCAUAUAACAAUGAGACAGUAGUAUCAUCACCGAUGAACCAGAUUCAUAUUUACGACAUUCAAAGUUCUCAAUGGUACACUCAGAAUGCGACUGGAGAUAUUCCUGGAGACAGGAGGAGGUUUUGCGCAGGUGCUACUUGGGCAGCUGACCAGUCGUCAUACAACAUUUAUAUGUAUGGAGGUGCAGGAUUUGGAGCAAAUUCUUCGGGAUAUGACGAUCUCUAUAUUCUCAGUCUUCCUUCAUUUACGUGGAUUAAGUGGUGGGAAAACCCUUCAAGUUCUGCAAGACCACAUAACAUGUUGAGCUGCAAUGUGGUCAAUGGAGCUCAGAUGCUCAUUGUGGGUGGAUCAUUUCCAAAGGAUCAGUCUACUUGUGAUAGUCCACCUUCUUGGGGAACGCAUAAUGUCGAUCUCAACGAACCAGCCCCAGGUCAGGCUUCGUUCAAUCCAUGGAACACCUAUCAGCCGAAUCUUACCUCAUACGCCGUACCUUCAGCUAUAAUAUCUGUUAUUGGUGGAUCUCCUACAGGCGGCGCAACUAUGCAAGCUCCUUCUACUGGGUUUCAAAACGGCGAUCUGAGUGUAUACUUUGCACAAAAAGCAUCUGCCGUGAAUCGUACACCCACUAGAGCAAUUACCACUGCAACUGCUUCUUCAACGUCCAACCCUUCUGCAAAUAGGUUGGGCCCUGGUGCAAUUGUUGGAAUUGUCGUGGGAGUAGUCGUUGGAAUUGUUGGCCUUCUCGCUGCAUGCUUCUGCAUCUUUCGUAUCCGUAAGAUUCGCGCCCACGUACCAGAAGUAUCUGCACCAAUUGUACCUGCAUAUGGCUCUGGGAACGCAAGCAAAAUGUACCCACAACGACCCGAUCGUAGUUAUGAUCCUCAAAAUCCUCACAUUGCGCAACAACGAAGUACGGCAGCAUAUCAAGUACUUCCUUCACAUGCUCCUCCUGAUGCAGUCGAGCUAUCCGGGACCAACUCGAGUUUAGGAAACUAUACAACGGUUAAUGCCGAUAGACAUUCAGUCUACAAUCCAAAUCCAGAUGGAGUACCCCCAUACACAAAUACCUGGCACCAUCCAAAUUCACCACCUCAGGAUCAGAAAAGUUUUAGUCCUACAUCUCAAAAUAAUCAAUUUUCACCAGUACCAACGGAAUUGGACGGCGAAAGUGCUAUAUUUUCUGCAUCUCCCACACCAACAUAUUCAACAUUAGGAAGAAUGACCUCGAAAAAGAUAACCCCAAUACACGAGACAUAUUAUUCUUCUUGACGAUAAUUUAUUUUGCUUUCUUCCAUCUCAGCGCUAUAUCACUUUUUUCUUAGCGAGCGUAUGAUGUGCCUGUAUAUAUACAUGAGUUUUGGCGUUUUCAAACGAGGAUAUGUUGAGGGGGAAUAUUAUUACUUACUUAUUAUUACGAACGCCCAAACUCACGUUCGUCUAUUUUCUGGAUGUUAUAUAUCGGUUUGCCAACGCGGUUGGAUGGAUUUAGUCGAAAUUAAAACUACGAUACUUUUGAGAGUUUA